AUGAAGACUACUGCCGUGUUCGCCGCCACCCUCGCCUGCGCCAGCAGCGCUCUCGCCCAGAAUGAGCAAUACUACAACCUGGUCGCCUCCGCACCCGGCGAGCCUUUUGACGGCCAGGACCUGAAGCCCCUCGAGGGCCACUGGCACAUCGGCACCCAGGCCAACUCCUCGUGCGGCGACGCCGCCCCAGCUGUCGCCCUCAUCGACGAGGCGAUCGCAGUCUACAACGACGGCACAUCUCACCAGCAAUACGCAUACGUCGACAUCUCCGGCGCCGCCGACGGCCUCCUGGGCCUGACCCCCGCGGGUACCGCGGGGGUCCCGGGCGAGGCCCCCAAGGGCCCCUUCGCCCUGAUCGGCUCCGAGCAGGACCAGAUCUACCUGUACUACAACGGCGCCGACGCCGCCGACAGCCAGUGGCUGGCCUGCCCGGGCGAGACCGACGGCGAAUUCUGGGUCUACCCCGAGCAGGCCUACUCCAAGCCGGUGGGCAAGGACCAGUGCACCGAGUUCCGGGUCAACGCCCAGCAGGUCGAGCAGCCUACCGAGCCCUGCGUCUUCAACUAG